UGAACUUCAAAAAUUGUAUGAUGAGAAAUGUUUCGAUUUGUUAAUAUGUAACGAGCAUAAGGAGGACGUUAAAUAUGAAACAUAUAUAAGGCUUGAUGAACUAAUUACACAGUACAAGGAUUUUAAUGUAUAUAAAGCAUCAACUGAAAAAAAAAAAAAAAUAAGGAAUGUAAAUGUGCUCGGAAAUGUUCAAAUUCUUAUUAAACCUACCUAA